AUGGCUGAACCUGGGGUGGAGGAACAGCCUGCCAGCAAGUCGUCGCAGCGGAAGCUGGCAACAUUUGCAGGGGCAUUGGGCGGCGCUUUUGGAGUGCUGUCCGUAGCAUUUUGUGUCGUUUCCGCGACGAUACUCGUUCGGCGGAGGCGUGCGAGGAGCGAGAGCACUCACCCUGAAGCCGGCGUUUCUGGAGUCGACAACGACGACGACAUAGAUGGGAUGGCAACCAGUCAGGUUCCUAUGGCCGAAGUGACUCUACACACACCUCGCGGCCUCGCAUCACUGACUUCGAUUACCCAACCCCCGCCGUACGCUUUACCACCAGUUGUAGUCGAGCUGACACGCCAGCAGACGGAAGAAGUGCCGGAAUAUGCCACCCUAACUCACUCGGACCCGCCACCUACGUUCGCUGAAGCGAUCCGGUCUCCUAUACCCCCCUUGCUGGCGAAUCUGCGUACCUCUCACCGGCGGGCGUAG